AUGCGUCCGUCCUACUCGCAACCGUUUUCCAGACAUUGGCCGUGCCCGUUUGACGCUGCCUCGUCACACGUGGACAUGUCAAAAAGGCAGCCGUUCUCUUUAAGGUACGCCAGACACACAAGUUGCCUAUUCGGCCGUUUUUUCACACGCGUACAAGUCCCAUGGACAACCCUUUUCUCGGGCGUACCCAAGGCACUCCAGGUUGCUGUUGGCCGUGGCGUACUCACAUACCGACUCGUCCCAUGGACAGCCCCGGUCGUGUGCGUACUUAAGGCACUCGAGCUGUCUAUUGGCAGCCGCCAGCAUGCAUACGGUUCACGUCCAUGGGAACCCGUGACUUUCAUCGAACUACCUGUGAC